AUGAGAGUGAUGCUAGCUUUUGGCAUCCCAAGCCUGCCAGAGAAUGGAUGGGGUACCGGGGAAGAGGAGAAAAGGCUAGCUUUGGACACCUAUGCGCGAGGGAGAGCUGGAGGCAAAGAAGGGUUAAGGAUCCGGCACGUAGAGGUACUAUAUCCAAUGUUCCAAAUGUUGCUAUAUCUUAGCCCCAUAGAUAUGAAUACUGGUACAAGGGAGAAGAAGUAUCGUAGCUUGGUCGGUAGCGAGGAAAGAGUAGCUUCUCCUGCUCGCCUUGUUGAAACUAGUCAUUCUGUUUCUGCUGUGGCUGGUUUAUCGGCUGCUCCAACUGUCCAAUCUGUCUCAACAGAGUUAGGCAUUCCUUUUGAGCUAGCUAGGGAGUCAAUAGCAAGACCGGGGACAACAAGCCUAUUAGAGAAUGAAGUAGCUCGAGUUCGGGAUGGGCCAGAUGAUUAUUUGAUUUCCAAUAUGGAUAUAAUGAUGUGUAAGAACAUCACCACCGAUAUAGCACCCUUCCAAGGACUAAGGAUAUUCGUACUCCCAGUGCUCUUGCUUCCUUUGCACCCCGGCUCCGAAGGAUCAGUAGGGAGGACUCCGGAUGCCACUAUCGGAAUGGAAACAUUCCUCGAAUGA